UCAGGACACAACUAGUGCGAGCUUAGAGCGAGUUACACUUUGUACAAGUAGGAAGUCAGGUGCCUGGAAACAUGKCUGGGAAACCCAAGCUCUACUACUUCAAUGGUCGAGGCCGAAUGGAGACAAUUCGGUGGCUACUAGCAGCAGCUGGAGUUGAGUUUGAAGAAUUUUAUGUGGAAACAAGGGCUGACCUACAAAAGCUACGGAACAGUGGAUUUCUGAUGUUUCAGCAAGUGCCCAUGGUGGAGAUGGACGGGAUGAAGAUGGUGCAGACCAGAGCCAUUUGCAACUACAUAUCAGCGAAGCACAACCUCUACGGGAAGGACCUGAAGGAGAGAGUCCUAAUUGAUAUGUAUGUGGAAGCAAUAAUAGAUCUGAAUGAAUUAAUCAUGAUGGCUCCUUUCCAACCAGCUGAUAAAAAGGAGAAAUACAUGGCUGAUACAGUGGACAAGGCCACAAACAGAUAUUUCCCAGUCUUUGAGAAGGCUUUGAAGGACCAUGGAAAAGACUUCCUUGUGGGCAACCAGCUUAGCAGGGCAGAUGUGCAAUUACUUGAAAUCAUUUUAACGGCAGAAGAGGUCAAGGCUGACAUACUUGCCAAAUUUCCUGUCCUGCAGAGUUUUAAAGCAAGAACAAGUAAAAUCCCUACAAUAAAGAAAUUUUUGCAGCCUGGCAGCCCGAGGAAGCCACCAUUUGAUGAAAAGGAUCUUCCAAAAGUGAUGGAAAUUUUCAGUACUUAGCUGUGAGCAGUAACAUAAAAUCUCAAAAACUCUAUUGCAUUUUCCCUGUGAUUUCUGAUAGUGUCAAAAAGAAUUUAAUGAAAAUAAUUAAAAGGUUUCAYGAUCUCUCUUUCUCUAUCUAAGGACUGAUCUUGCCCCACUGCAAACAUUUUGCCUGUGAAUCCAGUUAAGCACCAGCAAAUGAAUUAUGGUAUGUGCUGGACAAAGCUGGAUGUCUUAAAUUACUGAUUCUAAGAAAUAAUUCACAUUUAAGAACGUUUAAUGACUGUUUGCAUCACGCUUUAUAGAUAAGGGGUCUCUCAUUCUGUCUUGUGUUGUUCCUGAAAGYUGUUUGAAAGAGAGUCUAACUUAAAACAUGGUCAGCAUGACCCACGUGAAAAAGGCCUGGCA